AUGUUUUAUCAUGCGUAUAAUGGUUACCUUAAAUAUAGUUAUCCAUAUGAUGAAUUAAGACCGUUAACGUGUGAUGGUGUGGACACUUGGGGGAGUUAUUCAUUAACGUUAGUUGACGCAUUGGAUACAUUAGCCGUUUUGAAUAACUUCACUGAAUUUCAACGCGUUUAUAACUUAGUAAAAAAGAUCGAUAUUGAAAAAGAUAUAAACGUAUCGGUAUUCGAAACGAAUAUAAGAGUUAUUGGCGGUUUGUUAUCAGCCCAUUUACUUGCCAAACGUAUGAAUGUUAAAGUACAUUCAACUUGGCCAUGUACUGGUCCUUUACUUGAUUUGGCUGUUUCGCUAGCAAGAAAAUUAUUACCAGCUUUUGAUACAGCAACAGGUAUGCCUUAUGGUACAGUGAAUCUUUUUUGGGGAGUAUCACCGGAUGAAACAAACGUGACAUGUACAGCUGGUGUAGGCACAUUUCUAAUUGAGUUUUCAACGUUAUCUCGUUUAACGGGUGAUCCUAUAUUUGAACAAACAGCUAUGAAAGCUUUACAAAGUUUAUGGCAGCGACGAUCAUCGAUUAAUCUUGUCGGAAAUCAUAUCGAUGUACAAACGGGAAAUUGGACGGCAGUUGAUUGUACAGUUGGAUCGGGUGUAGAUUCUUAUUUUGAAUAUCUUGUCAAAGGAGCAAUUUUGUUACAAGAGCCAACUCUAAUACAAAUGAUGAAUACAUUUGCUAUUGCCAUCGAAAAGUACAUGUCUAAUUCGGAUGGAUGGUAUGUUUAUGCAAACAAUGAUCAAGGCCGAAAAACAUUGCCCAUGUUUCAAGCAUUGGACGCAUUUUAUCCAGGACUGCUGAUUUUAAUGGGUAAUAUUGAUGGUGCAAUGAAAACGUUAUAUUCAUAUCACACAUUAUGGAGAAAAUACGGUUCUAUGCCAGAAUAUUAUAAUCUAGGUACACAAGAACCACUUCAAAAUCGAGCAGGAUAUCCGUUGAGGCCAGAACAUAUUGAAUCUUUAAUGUAUGUAUACAAAGCAACGAAUGAUGAGCAACUAUUAUUUAUGGCUGCUGAUAUAUUUGAAUCGAUUGAAUCAUGCUGUAAAACGUCGUGUGGUUAUACAUCGUUGAAAAAUGUAAAAGAUCAUCAACUUGAUAAUCGAAUGGAAUCAUUUUUUCUUGCUGAAACAAUUAAAUAUUUAUAUUUAAUAUUUGAUGAGAAUAAUUUUUUACAUAAUAAUGGCUCAUACAGUAUCCAACAUCAAACACCCACAGGUUCAUGUUUUCUUGAAACUGGUUAUAUUUUUAACACUGAAGCUCAUCCAAUUGAUGUUGGAUCAUUGGAAUGUUGUAAACUAAAACAUAAUGAUGAAAAUGAUUUAGAAUAUUAUCUUUUAUUGAGUGCCAUGAAAAUAUUUAAACAUGAUAAAACAUUUUUCAAGACUAAACUGAGUGAUGUGCAAUCGAAUCUAUACAAAAGUCUGAAUGAUUAUUUGAAAUUUUAUUCAAAUAGAAAAAAACAACAAUUACCAAUUAUUGAUUUAACAAAUAAAAAUUACUCACUUUUGACGUGUUCAGCUCAGACAUAUGAGCAAAAAUUUUCACUUUACGGCGAAAUUUUACCAUGA